AUGAAUUCUGAGCUCAAAGCAGACCUCGGGAGGUUUAAGCUCACAGCAGGGAAGUUUUAUGGAGAUCCAGUGUGAGAUAAAGGUCUACAACCUUGUGAAAAUUCUAAAUUUUAUGCUAUCUCCUCAUGUUUUAAACCAUUUAGUAACAAAGGGAAUCUGGUCAUUCAGUAUACUGUGAAACAUGAGCAGAAGAUAGCCUGCGGUGGGGGAUACGUUAAGAUUUUUUCCUCAAACUUGUACCAGAAGAACCUAAGUGGAGAUUCACAUUACUACAUUAUGUUUGGUCAGUUUAUUUCUUCAUUACUAAAAUACUGGCACUGCUGUUGUGCAGUUCUUCAAAGAUGGUUGUGGAAAUGGUGGAAAAACAUAAAGAAAAUUAAUGAUCCAACAGUGAGGAAACCCACUGAUUGGGAUGAUCGAAUCCAAAUUGAUGAUCCAAAUGACAAGCCUGAGGAUUGGGAUGAACCUGAAUACAUUACGGACACUAGCGCUGAGAAACCUGAAGAUUGGGAUGAUGCUGUGAAUGGAGAAUGGUAUUAUCCUAUGGUCAAGAAUCCUCUAUACAGAGGGGAAUGGAAACGAAGGCGGGUUGAUAACCCAUAUUACAGAGGAGUUUGUCCUCAUCCACAGAUUGACAAUCCAAAUUACUCGCCAGACUCCAGUGUCUACGGAUUUGAAAAUAUUAGCAUCAUUGGACUAGAUGUCUGGCAGGUGAGGUAGCUGACAGUUUUUGGCAAGUUCUUGAUAACAGAUGAUGAGGUUUAUGCAGAAGACUUUGGAGAUGAAACAUGGGGAGAGAGAAAUGAAGGUCCUUCCAGUCUUCCGUGUUUCCUUCCCCCCCUCCAGGAACUAAUGCUAUCAAUUUAGCAGAAGCUGAGGCCAUCCUUCCAGCGCCAAUGGCUUUGCAUUUACCUCUGGACUACACCAGCACGCAGACCUUGCUGGGGUAAGGAGAGAGGGAGCGGGAGGAUCCGUGGAAG